AUGGCUGUGCCAAGAGUUCUCCUCCUCACUAUUCUUGGAGUGGAAGUAAAUGGCAAAUCCUCUGACAGUUUGGAGUCAGAGCUAGAAUGUUGCAUGGAUGCAAUGCAGGCCAAUACCACUUGCCUAGCCGACAACCAGUGCAGUCCAGGCUGCUAUAGGCGGUGGAACGAAGAUGGCAGCAGCAGCUGCAUUAAAUAUGAGAACGAAACGGUUGCCACCACGCCUGUUUACAACCUGACUGACUGCCGAAACGAUGGUGCCAGAGGAAUGAAUUCUCAAACAAAUUUAAGUACCAUAAUCCUAGUUACUCUCAGUGUUGGGGGACCAGAAGUAGCUGCUUCUCUUAUCUUUGGGACGUUCAUGAUUAGCCUCUUCCUCAUAUUGUGUGUCGCUUCGUUCUUCUACCUCAAAUGUGCCAAUAAACUUCCAAACCUCUUCUACACAAGAAGCAAAGCAUCUGUUGUACAGUCUUUUGAAUCAGCAUCAAUGUUAUCUCCACCUACUUCGGUCAGGAAACCCCGCUAG